UCUAGCCCCAGGCCCACCCUAGGCAAGACGGACUAGAAAAAAAAAAUCAACCAUGACCUCUUCAGUUGUCACAGAGAUUCAUGUUUCAGCGCCGGGAAAACUUAUCUUGCACGGAGAACAUGCUGUUGUUUACGGAAAGGCAGCGAUAGCCGCAGCAUUGAAUUUAAGGUCACAUCUUCAACUGAAGCAGACGACAGAUGGAAACCUUCAGCUUGAGCUACCCGAUGUUGGCAUCAGUGUACAGUUUGCUCUUGCAUCACUGGAAAGCAUCUCAUUUUCAGGAUCUUUGGAGGACCAGAGUCAUUCUGAUGAAGACAUUCUAGUGAUUAAAAACUUUGCUGGUAUAGAUGUGAACAGUUGUGAACCCAAACAUCUGGCCAUUGUUUCCUUUCUCUAUGUUUUCUGUUCUAUUUUUAAAAACAAAAGCCAGUGGCCAUCUCUGAGAGUUCAUUUCAAAUCUGACUUGCCAGUUGGUGCUGGGUUGGGAUCUUCUGCUGCUUUCUCUGUAUCUUUAUCUGCUGCUUUACUACAAUUGGCAGGCCAUAUUGACAGUCUUAAGUUAGCGGAUGGAAUUACUUCGUGGAGCAAUGAGGAUAAAAUUGUCAUUAACAAAUGGGGAUUCAUUUGUGAGAAAAUCAUCCAUGGAAGACCUUCAGGCAUAGAUAAUUCUAUUAGUACCUAUGGAGGAGCGCUAAAGAUGCAGAAUGGGCAAAUCACUCAUCUGGAAAAGAUGCCACAGUUAUCUGUGAUGCUGGUGAACACUAAAGUGCCUAGAAGUACCAUGGUAUUGGUCGCUGGUGUGCGGCAGAAGUAUAAUUUGUAUCAAGAUGUCAUGGAGCCAAUACUGAAUUCGGUUGAGGCCAUCACAAAGCGAGCAGAAAAUAUUUACCAAGAGUGUUCAACAAACAUUACAGAUGAUGGCUUCAAAGCUUUAGGGGACCUUGUAGAUUUGAACCAUAACCUCCUGAACGCCAUGGGUGUAGGUCACGCAUCUUUAGAUCAGGUUGUCGCAGUGACCAAAAAAUAUGGCCUCCAUUCCAAGUUAACAGGGGCUGGAGGUGGCGGAUGUGCAUAUGUUCUCAUUCCUUCAGACACAUCUGAAGAGCUGUUAAGUUCCUUGAAAGAAGAACUGAAUGCCUUGGGUUUUGAUGUUUGGUCCAAGACUACAGUUGGUGGACUUGGAGUCCUAAGAGAUUUAUAAUGUGGAAUCUUAAAAAUAAAUGUAUAUAUGAUUACUGUAUAUUUGUGUAAUAUAGCUGAGAUUAAUAAACAUAAUUAUGAUUAAUA